GGAUAACACGGGGUGGCUCAAUGGAAAAGCUUACCUGUUUCACCGUCAGCCACUGAGACUGCAGAGCAACGAGUGCUGAGCGCUUCAGGCGAACAUGGUGGGGCGAGGUAAAUCGUCAAGGCUUGGUUCUUGGCGACGAUCCCCGAUGGAGAUCGGACAGUGGUGAUGAUUGACUCUGCGCGCGUUUGGGGAGUGAGCACUUUGUUUCAGGCGAGCCCAAUGACCAGCCCCAGCCCCUCUAGGAGCCGGUCUCGUGCCCCCUUGUCCGUUUCGGGCUGUGUGCUUCGUCUCAGGUAGAAGACCCUCAUCAUUCUGCCUCCUCUCUUCCUCUUUUCUUUUAUUUCUCCUGGACUCGUUCGUUCUAGCUGUCAUUUUCUUUCAAACAGGCUUUGUUCUUUUCAUUCGUCUUUCUUUUCCAGUGACUGUGUCACGACGCUCCUUUCGGAUCAAUCUUCAACAAAGGCAGGGCCUGGCUUAGACACAUUACAAUCAUCAUUGCCACUGUCCUUGUCCCUAUUCUCAUCCUUGGAUGCCAUCCUAUUGUCUUCAUUUUGAUUGUCUUCAAUUGUCCUAUUUAUUUCGGACCACACGCUUUGCUGUCAUUUCAAUCCCGCCCGGUGUUGGAUCACCUCCGCGACGCAGUCACUGCCACAACAGGUUUCACCCCGUUUCGAUCGAAUAUCUGUCAAUUUCUACCAUUCUUUGCUCUUCCCUUUUUAAGGAGACAACACGAAGAUCUCUCCUUAUUUUGAGGCCUGUUGUCAUUCACUUGGUUUCCCCGGUACCGAGCUGGUCUCAUCCAGAAAACUUCUAUUCAUUCAACACUGUUGUUCUCGAACUUGAAGUUCGACUGGUACUACUUUUGUUUCCUUCUCUUCUCUUCUUAUCUAGACGAUUUUCCCAUAAGCAAUGGCUUUCCUUUUCAUCCCUUUGUCCCUGGUUGGACUCGCCUUCGCGACGGACGUCGAGAAACGAUACACUAAGAAAGAGAGCCCAAUGGAGAAGUUCUACGAGAUGAUCGAUGAUGACCUUGCACGUCUCUCCCUUUUGAUAAUGGGCUGCAUAGCUGCGUUCGUCUUCCUCUGGCAAUUGCACCAGCGCUUCUAUGGCUACAUCAGAUUGUUAGCGAGUCUGGGCAAUGAACGACAGCGCUAUUUCGUCUCAUCCGACAGAUGGUUCGCGAGACUCAAGAAUCACUUGAUCUAUGCUCCACUGUUCCGGACCAGGCAUAACAACGAGUUCCAGUUAUCGCGUGCCAUCAACAUGGGUAAUCUACCCAGUCGUUUCCAUACACUCGUUUUAAUCGGCAUCAUCGCCAUGAACAUUGUACUUUGCGUGGUGACCGCUCCCUAUGGGACCAAGGAGAACACUAUUGCAGGUGUCAUCCGGAACAGGACGGGUACAAUGGCCACAGUCAACUUGAUUCCCCUCGUGCUCGUAGCUGGACGGAAUAAUCCCUUGAUCCCGCUUCUUCGCGUCUCGUUUGAUACGUUCAACCUUAUCCACCGCUGGUUGGCCCGUAUUGUUGUUUUGGAGUCCAUUGCUCAUGUACUGGCAUGGUUGAUACCCAAGGUGCAGGAUUAUAGUUGGGAUGCCGUUGGGAUGGCGUUUAGAGAAAGUCGUUUCAUGUGGAGUGGACUGAUUGCCGCCAUCGCAUUUGUUGUGCUUGCGCUGCACUCUCCAUCUCCACUUCGCCAUGCCUUCUACGAGACAUUCUUGCAUAUACACAUCGUCAUGAUAGCCGUGGGAUUUGGCUUACUCUGGAUCCACCUUAGCGGGCUUGUAGCGCAGACGUAUCUUCUCGUCGCAGUGAUCUUCUGGGGGCUGGAGCGAUUCGCACGAUUUGCCAUCCUCUUGUAUCGCAACUGCGGUAGGACAGGGACAACAGUUACUGUCGAGGCCAUGCCAGGUGACGCUGUACGAAUGGUCCUCAACAUGCCUCGACCUUGGACCUUGACACCCGGCCAGCACCUUUACCUGUACAUUCCGGCGAUCGGAUGGUGGACCUCACAUCCGCUCUCUGUGGCCUGGAGCGAAGCCGAAGAAGUCGUCACCGAUGAAAAAGGAAUCCCAAUGACUUACCAAGACAUUGCGACCACCCGGAAGACGACUCUAUCACUUCUCGCUCGCCGCCGCACGGGAUUCACCGAUAAGCUGUUCCAGCGUGCUCAAAAUGCAGCCGGAUCCACGGUGACUUUCAGGGCCUUCGCUGAGGGACCGUACGGCAGCAUUCACUCCAUGGACUCAUACGGUACCGUCCUGCUUUUUGCAGGCGGUGUAGGUAUCACCCACCACGUCCCCUUCGUCCGCCAUUUGGUCGAUGGAUACGCAGAGGGUACCGUCGCCGCUCGCCGAGUCACAUUGGUCUGGAUCAUCCAGUCUCCAGAACAUCUCGAGUGGAUCCGACCAUGGAUGACCAGCAUUCUGAACAUGAAGCGUCGUCGAGAAGUCCUGCGCAUUUUGCUCUUCGUCACCCGUCCGCGGAAUACGAAGGAAAUCCAGAGCCCCAGCACCACAGUUCAGAUGUAUCCUGGACGGCCGAACAUUGGCACCCUGGUCGACAUGGAGAUUGAUAACCAGAUUGGUACCAUGGGCGUCCUGGUCUGUGGGAACGGUAGUCUGAGUGAUGAUGUCCGUCGUGUCUGCCGUAAGAGACAAGAUAGGACUAAUAUCGAUUAUGUCGAAGAGAGCUUCUCCUGGUGAGAGGGAAAGACAAGACUAAGAAGGGGGCUUCUGAUUAGAUAUUUUUGUUUCAUGGCUUUCUUUGUACGUACUAGAAUAUUUAUGGGUGUUGGAUAACCUUGUCUGAGAACUUUGUAGAAUACCUAGGUAGCUAUUCAAGAACGGAACAGCCUGUACAAAUGCCCACUCCAUGUAAGAACACCACCAGCUUGGAGAUA